GUUGACUUUCGAGGUAUUAAUUAUUAAACAUUAGAAGGGGCAUCCAGGCCCCGCCUAUUAAAAAGGAAAUCUAUUACCUUUUAAGGUUUAAAUUAUUAUUUUCUUCCUACAAUAUCGUUAUCAUAUUUAAUUCAAACAUUUAGUGACAAGAAUAGGACCUUGGUUCUCGAGAAACACUCCUUUCAGGCCAUGGAAGAACUUGGCAACUUCUUAUACGAAUACACUUGAAAUCUUUUACUUUUCCUAUUCCCAUUGCCUUAGUAUUACUUUUGAUAUAAGUCUUAAAAAUACCUUCUAUUCAAUUUAAACAUCAUCGGAAAGAGAGUAGCUGGAGAGGUGGUGGGGAAAGAGUUAGAGCUCUGACGUUACCCCCUCCGAAGCUGUUCUAUUACGUAUGAUCCCUCAUGUUUCGGUAUAGUCCGACUCCACUCAUGUAUGAUAAGUCAUUUAUCAACUGCAGGAGAAUUCCUCUUUCCUUCUUUUCCGGAGGCAAGACGUAACUAUCAUAAUUCCCCAACUUUAAGCACCAAUUAAUCCGCCAUGGCGCCUAUCGCUCGUGAAGAAGUCCUGCGUCGUCUAGGCGAAGUAAUCACAUCGCAUCGCCCCAUCGUAGGCGCCGGCGCCGGCAUCGGCCUCUCCGCUAAAUUCGUCGAAGCCGGCGGCGCCGAUCUAAUCAUCAUCUACAACUCCGGUCGCUUCCGAAUGGCCGGUCGGGGAUCACUGGCGGGACUCCUACCAUACGGCGAUGCUAACGCCAUCGUCGUUGAUAUGGCACGCGAGGUUCUACCCGUCGUUCGGGAUACCCCGGUUCUCGCCGGUGUAUGCGGUACGGAUCCGUUCCGGGAUAUGCGGCAAUUCCUAAAACAGUUGAAGGAAUUGGGGUUUAGCGGGGUACAGAACUUUCCUACGGUUGGUCUUAUGGAUGGGAAUUUUAGGGCGAAUUUGGAGGAGACUGGUAUGGGUUAUGACUUGGAGGUUGAUAUGAUUCGGCUUGCUGCUGAGAUGGGGUUUGUUACUUCACCAUACGUAUUUACCGUCGAGGAGGCGGUUAGCAUGGCGAAAGCCGGCGCUGAUAUUGUGGUUGCCCAUAUGGGUUUGACGUCGAGUAAAGGCAUCGGGGCGAAGACAGGGAAGACUCUAGAUGAAUCCGUGAAGUUGAUACAAGAAAUUAGAGAUGCGGUAACGGAAGUAAGGAAGGAUAUCAUAGUUCUGUGCCAUGGCGGACCAAUUGCCGAGGUUCAAGACGCCGAGUACGUCCUGUCGCGGACAAAAGGGGUGCAUGGAUUCUUCGGAGCAAGCAGUAUGGAACGCAUCCCAGUCGAAAUCGCCAUCACGGAGAACACGAAAAAAUUCAAGGAGAUCCAAAUACCGGCAUAAUCAAUUUUGACAUACUGGUUUAAGACAAUAAAUAUCACCCGCGUACUUGAUAG